AUGCGUUGUGCGCACCACCGCCAACAGACACCCUUUCGACAGGAAAUCCCACAGGUGCAAACAGCUCGUAUCAGCCAAGCUACCACUCAACAAAACCACAAGGUCAUGGUCGAAGCAAUGCAGAGACACAGAGAUGGCGCCGUUCGCACGCAUGUUGGCGCCUACGAUGAACAUCUGCCGAGCAUUGCGCUCAGCCUGUCUUCGUCGUCGUCAUCAUCUUCUUCGUCUGUCACAUCAACCUCGGCGACGAUAGACGUUGGAUCUUUCCCAAAUGCAAAGCCUACCGCUACAACAGCAGCAUCAGUCGCCACUCAGCAAAAAAGGUAUCCCAGUGCGCCAUACUACCCGCCUUACUACGCCUCGCAUCAUCGAGUAGGGCCCAGCUCCUCUGCGCGCGGAAUGGUGCUUGCUUCGCCCCCUCAAAAGACCCCUCCCACGGCACGAGUUCCCAAGCGGGGCCACAACGAUAUCAACAUACGGUCGCCGCCAAAGCUUUUACGGGUCACAUCUCUUCCGGCUAGAUGCCACGAAAGUAGAUUUGCGUUCACUCCGUUUGCUCUGGAUGGAAGAUAUUCAGACCAGGAAUUGCAGCAGCUACAAGAGAUGCGGUCUCGUUCUGGUGGAUACUACCCAAACUACUGUUGCAGCUAUCCUCCCCCACCCCACCCCUAUCCUAUGGCGUCGCACCCAGAAUCCUUCAUCCACUCGGGAUAUCGAUGUGCUCCUGAAGUCAUUGGCCACCCUUCACUGCGCAUCUUCAAGUUGAGGCUUCCCAUGGAGCACUUGGCACGCUUGGAUCGCAUCUUGGAGGGAUGUGAAGCUCACGCGAAGGAGCUCACAGGAGGAUGGCGAACCGAGCUCUAUUCUCUGACACAGCAAGACCUUGCUUUGACAGAUAUUCCAGGAAUGAUGGACAUUGCCAUGCCAAUUUUGCAAUAUCUGAGCCGAUGCAUUUGCGAAGUCUCUCAUGCCGAAGCCGUCCGUGUGGAUCGGAACCAGCCACAUGUCUUGAAGUAUGAUCAAAACCAUACAGGUGUUGAGCUCCACCAUGAUCGUUGCGAUGUGACGGCUAAUCUCAUGAUGUCGAGAAGCCACACGUACGUGGGAGGGGGGACGUAUUUCCCGGAAGCUAACACAGUGGUUCGUCUCAAGUUUGGAGAGUUUUUGCUUCACCCCGGUCAACUUAUCCACGGAGGCACUGACAUCACCAGAGGCACUCGCUAUCUGAUGGUAUUGUUCGCGCAUUUGAAGAAAUAG